AUGCGGUCUUCAGCGAGACUGUUCUACGCAGCAGUGUUCGCGUUAGCAGGACUCAGCCAUGCCGCCGAACAAGAUCCUUCACUGGACCCAACCAAGUGCGCUCUUGAACCCUCCGCUAUGGUUUCAGAUGCCUGUGUUUCGUACGGCGACAUCAACGGCAUGAAUGACAUGAUUUUUACGACCAUCAACUCCAUCACCCAAGAAACGGACUUUUUCUCCUACUACCGCCUCAACCUGUUCAAUAAAGAAUGCCCCUUCUGGUCAGAUUCCAGCAGCAUGUGUGGCAACAUUGCCUGUGCCGUGAACACGAUCGAAUCCGAAGACGACAUCCCGCUCACAUGGCGCGCCGAAGAACUAAGCAAGUUGGAGGGACCCAAGGCGAAUCACCCACCCCGCAAGAUUCAGGCAGAGCGCCCGAAAGAACGUCCACUACAGGGCGAGCUGGGCGAUGAUGUUGGCGAGAGCUGUGUGGUGGAAUACGAUGACGAAUGCGACGAGCGCGACUACUGUGUCCCCGAGGACGAGGGUUCCGCUGGCAAGGGAGACUACGUGAGCUUGGUGGACAACCCAGAGCGGUUUACAGGAUACAGCGGAGCAGGCGCACACCAGGUGUGGAAUGCCAUCUACGGCGAGAAUUGCUUUAUGAAGCCCGUGUCCGACGAGAUGGAAGAGCAGUCGCUCAACGUACCGCUGGGCGGCCUCGAGGCAGCCUCUGCCUUCCGCAAUAUGCUCCACCAGGGCUCGCAGAGCGUGGAAGGCUUACCGCUGGAUAACGAGUGCUUGGAGAAGCGAGUGUUCCACCGGCUGAUCAGCGGCAUGCACGCAUCCAUUUCCACACAUUUAUGCUGGGACUACCUCAAUCAGACCACGGGCCAGUGGCACCCCAAUGUGCAAUGUUUCAAGGAACGCCUUCUGGACCACCCCGAGCGCAUUUCGAACAUGUACUUCAACUAUGCACUGGUCUCUCGCGCCGUGUCCAAGCUCCGCAAGCACCUAGAUGGGUACACGUUCUGCACCAGCGAUGCGGAGCAAGACCGCGAGACCAAGAAGCGCGUCAACAAGCUCACCAGCGAAUUGUCAACACUGCCGCAAAUCUUCGACGAGAAGACUAUGUUCCAAGACCCCAACUCCAUCAGCCUGAAAGAGGACUUCCGCAACCGCUUCCGCAAUGUCAGCCGUCUGAUGGACUGUGUUGGCUGCGACAAGUGCCGACUCUGGGGUAAGCUCCAAGUGAACGGCUACGGAACGGCGCUGAAGGUGCUCUUCGACUACGACGAGACCAAGAACGGCGAGAACCCACCCCUGCGCCGCACCGAGCUGGUCGCCCUCAUCAACACCCUCGGCCGCAUCUCGCACAGCUUGGCUGCUUCGCGCAGUAUGCAGCGAGCUCUGCUUACCGGCAACACUCACAUGUUCCCCGUCCACGGUGCCGUCCCCUCGUCCCACCACGCCAACGCCCUUGGCAACAACCGGCGUGUGUUCCGAGACGGGAACAACAACUUCUACUACGAAGGAGGUGACAGCGACUAUGUGUACGGCCGAGGUGAAGCACCGGAGCGGUAUCCUUGGGAGCGCAAACCGCGCAAUCCGGACGAUGGCUUCUUCGAGGAUCUCAAGAACGAGUGGGAUAUGAUCUGGGGUACAGUCGGGUAUAUUUGGCAGUCAUGGAUGGAUAUCCCGCGGACAAUGUUCCAAAUCGGCGCAUCGGAGUCCUUCCGACUAUACAAUUACUGGCUCGGGUUGCCGGUGCCUCCACGCAUGUGGAAGUUGAAGGUGCCGACGCCGCGCCCUGUUAAGACUCAGGGUUCUCAUGAUGAGUUAUGA